AUAAAAGUGGCGGGCGGGUCUGGACCAAGCACAUUUGCAGUUCGUCCCCCGAAGGCAAAACCAACCAUCACCAUGUACAAGCUUGUCGUCCUCGCCGCCGUGCUGGCCGUCGCCGCCGCCAAGCCCGCCCCCGGCCUUCUGGCCUACUCCGCCGUCCCCGCCCACUACGGCGGUCUGAUCAACGCCGGACCCAUCGCCUACUCUGCCCCCAUCGCCUACUCCGCCCCCGCCGUGGCCGCCGCCCCCGUGGCCGUGGCCGCCGCCCCCGUCGCCUACUCCGUGCCCGCCGCCCACUCCUACGUGUCCGGCUACAAUGUGGCCGUGCACGCCGAGCCCGUCGAGCAGCACGGCUACAAGAUCGUCUACUAGACCCGGCUUGUCUGACCUCACCAAAGUUAUCAUCACACUCCGUCCGCUAAAAUAAACAACAUGCUCAAA